GAGCAGGGUGUCGUCAACAUCGCCGGCAACUCCACCCUUGCCGUAACCAUGGGUCACGUCCUCAGGGGCAUCGUGGCCAGCAAGUAUUCCGUGCGGGACAGCGCCGAAAACCUGCUCAAGCUGCUCAAGCCUUACAGCGACAUGCCCCAGGGACACUCCGUGAUUGACCACAUCUACGGGCCGACCUUAGCCGGUCACCUCGGGACCCUUUCCUCCUGGAGCAACACCAAGGUGCCAAUCAUCGGAGCAAGCGGUUUUUGGAAGACAUCCAUGUGUCCGAGAGAAUUCAGGGUUGCCAGAAAGCCCGGAAAGCUCACCGACGCUGAGAUUCUGGGGGCCUUGGACGGGUUCAUCCUCGGCACUGUCCUGAAAAGGAUCAGCAAGGACCGGCCUCGGCGCCUGAGCCAACUCCUUGAUAUGUAUUACAGCCGCAGAGGCAUCCGCGAGCUCCUUCCCGAGUUUCCAAAGGGGCUGUCCUACUGUACGAGAAAGGAGGCAGUGGGAAGGCUGCUGUCUCCUGCCAGACUCGAGGAGCAAGUGCUGGUGAUGGCGAGGCUCUUCGCCAAGCUGGACAACGCGGAGAUGAAGCACACGGCUAUCAAGAUGGCUAUCUUGCCAAUGCUUAAGAGCUUCCAUGUCAAGCUCGACCGCCUUCUUAGAACCUCGAAAAAAUGUGCCGAAAGCGACGACAAAAAUAUACGUGAGGUCCCAACUCCCACGUUCACUAAACAUUCUUGCACUUCUCUUAUACAACUGUCUAUGAGUUGUACUUGCCUUGUUCUUUGUAUUGUUGCUGUUCUUGUUGUUGUCGUUGUUUGCCAUUUCUGUUUAUCGCCGAAAAGUUGCAUGCGUUUUAUAUAGAUUGAUCAAAAUUGGUUUGAUGUUUUCAGCAACUUGCGAUACGAGAAGCGAUAUCCUUAUACUCCUCGACCCCAUACCAGGCAACAGUAUCUAUGACAACUACCAGAAGAAACUAGCGGGGUACAUGGCCGAACGUUUCUUGAAGAAGAGCGACCGCAGUGCAAUCAGUAUUUCUGCCUCAGAGCUGAGCGAAGACGCCAGUAAUCUAGUGUUGACGUAUUCUAAUCGGGGAUCGCGGUAUGUAUCCCCGUCGUGCGCCAUCGACACCAUGGUCGACAAAGGUUGUUCGCAGUGCACGGAAGUGGACAUCUGGCGCGCUGUCAACAAUUCCUGGAACGCGCUACACUCGCUCAAAAGUGCCGCCCACGGGCUAACCCCGUCGAAGGUGAUUGUCUACUUCAAAUUUAGUUCGUUCAGAGCCAGCGCCCAUGACAUCCAUGCGGUGGUGCAAGACCUCAGGAGGACACACAGAGGUGCAAUGCGAUUACGGCAUUCUGCUAUUCCUGUGAGAUAAGUUGUUUAGAUUACAAUUUGAUUACAAUAACAGAAACAUUUAAAAGUGUGUAUUCCACCUCUCAAGCAAGAAACG